AUGUCCGUCUCCCUCAACCCCAGCAGCGUCCUGGGGUUCAACCGUGCGCCGUUCACCCAGUCCGUCAAGCGUGCGCUCCAGAUCACGAACAACAACACGCAACCGGUUGCGUUCAAGGUCAAGACCACCGCCCCCAAGCUUUACUGCGUAAGGCCGAACUCGGGGCGCGUCGAGCCUGGCGAGACCGUCGAGGUUGCAGUGAUGUUGCAGGCAAUGAAGGAGGAUCUGCCCACGAACGCGAAGUGCAAGGACAAGUUCCUCAUCCAGAGCACCGUCAUCAGCCCCGACAAGGAGGCCAUGUCCCUCCAAGAAAUGUGGAACGUGGAAGGCGACGAGGUGCACUCCCAGAAGAUUCGUGUGGUCUAUCUGCCCCCUGAGGGCCAGACCGUGCCGGAGGAGGACGAGUCCCAUGCGAACAUGAGCUCACUAUUGAGCGUCCCCGGACAAGACGUGAGUCCCUCUCCUUUGCUCCCCUAUCUCGCGCCCGCCCCACUCGCAUCCUCACCCGCGCCGCGCUCCGCCACGCAGAACUAUGCGACCGUGCGCCAAAACCCCUACACCAACGGCCACGCCAACGGCGAGGAGACCGAACACGCCCAUGCGCAGCCCGAAAUCCAUCAUGACGCGCCCUCGACGCCUCCGGAACCCCCUCAUGUCACCGUCUCUCCCCCAGAAGUCCCCGCAGCGCCGGCGUUUGAAGAGGUCAUUGUUUUAGUACACGUUCCGCCUCCUGCUCCCUCGCCCCCCGCGCCCGCCCCUGCUCCUGCUCCUGUUCUUCGCGAAAUCCCCGCGCCAGCGCCCGCACCUGCCCCCGUCCCUGCGCCCGCGCCAGCACCGAUCGUGCGAGAGGUUAUCGUCGACCCGAACCCGAAGUUGGUCAAGAAGCUCGAGGAUGCGCACCACGAGAUCGAGCGUCUGCGACAACUUAUCGCGUCCAUGCCCGAGCCGUCGGUCGCACCAACAAGCGUCACUGGCGCGUCGGAGAUGCGGCACCGGAGCAGGCGCGGCGGAGGCACGACGGCGGCGAUGUCGGACGACGGCAGCGAGGGGACCUACGACGGCCGGAGCGAGUACGACGGCCGCACCGAGGUUGGCAGCUACGUCGGGAGCGAAAUCGCGGCGCCGGACGGCGUCCCAUUACAGGUCGUGAUCAUCAUCGCGCUCGGUGUGUUCGUCACGACCUACCUCUUCUUCUGA